GAAACGAGUGCGCUUUGUGCAGAAAAUCACCAUUUUACGCGUGUCCCCAAAUGUACCCACCGCCUCUGCAGGCAGGGGCGGGCAUGGGGAGGGAGCGGGCGGGGGACUGGGUACGCCAAAGACCGGCAGCGAGGGAAACUGAGGCAGGGAGGGGAAGGGCAGCGGGGCUGGGGCAGCCUUAAGGCGGGCGGGCGGCGGAGCCGCUGCGCUGUCGCAGGGCGCUUGUGCCGCUUUAAGGCGGUGCCGGCGCUCCGGGCUCGGCAGGCACCGGGAAGAGGAACUGGGCUUUGCACUGCCGGGUCGGGGCGAGCUCCGCGCCGGCCCCGCUGCCCUCGCUGCCCUCCCGCCGCCGCCGCUCCGCGCUCGCUGCCGGGGAGGGAUGGGGCGGGGAGGGGGAGGACGCGCUGGGGGCCAGGACGGGCUUUUGCAUCCCCCCCGGCAGCCCCUCCGCUCCCCCUUGCACCCCCCAGCCGCUCCUUCCCUCUGCUGCAAAGGGAUGCGCUUGGCAGGGCUGCCCGCUGCCCCGGUGCGUGCUUGAAAUAGAGGCACCCCCCCUCCUCCUUUGCUUGGAGAGCCCCCCCAGCCCUGCUCCGAGCCCCCUAUCCCCUGCCCCAAGCCCGCCAUCUGCUUCUUGGAGGCCCCAUCGCCUGCUCGGAGCCCCAUCCCCAUCCUCAAGCUCCCGAAUCCCUUCCUCAAGCCUCUAUCCCCUUCCCUGAGCCCCCUUCCCCUGCUCCAAGGCUCUUUCUCCUGUCCCAAGCCCCCAUCCCCUUCCUUGAGCUCCCUUUCCCUGCUCCAAGCCCCCAUCCCCUUCCCCGAGCCCCCUACUCUGAGACCCCAUCCCCUUAUUCAAGUCCCCCAUCCCUUUCCUUGACCCGCCCUGAACUCCCAUCCCCUGCCCUGAACCUGCUUCCCUGAGCCUCCCAUUCCCUCCCCUGAGCCCCUUUCCCCAAAUCCCCCAUCCCCUUUCCCCAAAUCCCCCAUCCCCUUUCCCCAAAUCCCUCUCCACGAUGAUUUUGCUGAGCAGCUUCCUGCACCUGCGGCCCCGGCGCUGCGGCCCCUUGGCCGGGCUGGGCAGGGGGCUGGGCCCCGCGGCGGGGUCCCGCAGGGCUCUGCGGGUGCUGGUGGACAUGGACGGGGUGCUGGCCGACUUCGAGGGAGGCUUCCUGAAGAAAUUCAGGGCCAGGUACCCCGACAAGCCCUACAUUGCCCUGGAGGACCGGAGAGGCUUCUGGGUGUCGGAGCAGUACGGGCGCCUGGGACCCGAGCUGAGUGAGAAAGCCAUCAGCAUCUGGGAAUCCAAGAACUUCUUCAUCGAGCUGGAUCCACUCCCUGGGGCUGUGGAAGCUGUGAAGCAAAUGGCAAAUUUGGCAGACACUGAUGUGUUCAUCUGCACGAGCCCAAUCAAGAAGUACCGGUACUGCCCUUAUGAGAAGUAUGCAUGGGUGGAGAAGCACUUUGGCCCUGAAUUUCUUGAGCAGAUUGUUUUGACACGAGAUAAGACAGUGGUUUCUGCUGAUCUGCUUAUAGACGACAGACCUGAUAUCACAGGGGCAGAGCAGAACCCCACCUGGGAGCACGUGCUCUUCACUGCCUGCCACAACAAACACCUGCAGCUGAAGCCCCCCGGCCGCCGGCUGCACUCCUGGUCUGAUGACUGGAAGGCCAUUCUGGACAGCAAACGCCUCCCACCUGGCCAGGCCACCUAAACACCAGCCCCCACGGCCACCUGGGCCUGCAGCCACCUGCCUGUGUCCCUGUGGAGUCCUGCUGAAGGCCAGGAUGGACACACAGACAGAUGCUGUCCUUGCUGCAGAGAGGAAGAGGAGAGUGAGAUGAAGCGCCACAAUCACCUGGACUUGAAAAACAGACCCCAGCCCAGCCCUGCCACGAGGGAGCAACAGCAGGAUUGUGCCUGUGGACCUGACAGCCUGGCUGGGGGGCAUUUCCCACUGGCUCCUGGGGUCUCUGUGCUGCGUCUGCACCUCCCCACAGGGCCAGCCCAGCGUUCCUGAUGGACAAGGUCACCCUCAGCGUGUCACUGCCCUCGCCUGGUGCACUGCAUGGCACAGACCAGCUCUCCAUCCUCUCCUCCACGUUAUGGUCAGGGAUCAUGUGUGUGCUUUGUUUAGUCCUUGCAAGGUUUCAUCCCAAGGGGCUGCCUCAGGAGAUCUUUCCCCCUGGCAGUGCCUGGAUCUGGGGAGAGGGGUGGCUGGAAGGGCAGGGAGAGCAGGCAGGGGCUGUCCAGGUGCUGGUGGAGAAUUGUCACAAGCACAUCCACGGAUGCCGUUUGCAGCUCUCACAUACUGCAAGGGAAGAUGUUGGGGGAUGUUGCUGUUAAAGGCUGUGGAGCUGUGCUGGUUUCAGCCAGGGCAGAGUUAAUUUUCUUCACAGAAAAUAGAGCCCCAUACAAGCUGCUGUGAAAAAAUUUAACUCUACCCUGGCCAAAACCAGCACGGGAGCCCAUGAGAGGUGCCCACUCCCCUGGCUCUGGGCUCUGGGCCCCUGCAGAGAGGUGUUCAGUGCCUGGCUGGUGCAAAGGAGUCACAGCACACUCAGCUGGAGCAGCCCCCUCUGCCAGGGGACAGUGCAGGGGCUGCUGAGCUCUGGGAGCAGCCAGUGCUGCUGGGAAGCUGCAGUUUGCCCCCAAAAGGGGAGGGUUUAGAGCAAGGAGCAGCUCCAAGAGGGGUGUUUUUGGCAUAGCUGUGCCCACAGCCUCUUCCUUCCUUGUUUGUGUCAUUUUUGCUUCUCCGAGCCCGCAGCAGUCUUGCCUUGAACUUCAACGACCUGUCUGGCAGGAGAAAGCUGCUGCUGCUGCUGCUCCUGGCCUCAGAGAGACAUCCCAGCUGCUGGGAGAGCCUGGCAAACCCUCCCUGCCUGUGGCACUGCCACAGGGCAGCCACAGCCCGGCUGUCCCCAGUGGGAGCUGGUGCUGGGCCACCCCAGGGAUGAGCUGGGUAUGUCACUGCUGACACCACAGAGGCCAUUUGCCCCCACUGCUGUGUGUCCCCACGCUGUCCAGGAUCCCACUGCCCUCCUGGCCCAAGGACUUGCUGGCUGCAGCAGUAAAAUUCCCCACUUGGACAUGUAACCCCACAGGCAGAGGUGGCAGCCAGGGCUUGGCCAGGGUUUGCCACCCUGCACCCUGCUCACACCUUUGCUUUGCCUCUCUGCUCUCCUGUGGGCCCCCUCAACGAAAGGACAUGAACUUAAAGCUGCAUGAGGAACAAAUAAUGUAAUUCAGCAGUGGCAGCCAGACCCCUCCUGUAUCCAGGACCUGGAGGGUUCUGGAGUUGGUGCUUUGGAACCUGUGCCUUCCCUGGGUGCUGCAGGGCCAGGGAUGGGGCCUGUGUCCACCUGGGGCUUGCCCUGUUUUUUGGGAUGGGGGGAGUUUACAAAGUCAGCAUGGUUGGCCCAGGGCAGUGGGACUUACAUACCACAAGCAUCUUUUUUUCUUUCUUUUUUUUUUUUUUUUUUUUUUUUUUUUUUUAUUUUUCUUUCCUGUUUAAACCACUGUGUGCUUCUCUGGGCAGUGGGUUGGUUUGGAGGGGUCUAUUUAGGAUGUGCAGCUGCCUGAGGUGCAGCCUCCUGCCAAGAGCUGGCUGGAGGGUUUGCAGGCUGGGAACUGGGACAGUGUGGGAGCACCAUGGGCAGCUGCUGAACAUCAGGAACCCCUUGGCUCCACCAGCUGUUGGCCCCUCUGUGCAGCCAGGGUGACCUCAUGGGGUCCAAGCUGGUUUUUUUCUAAUGGUACCAUGUAAAUAUGAGCUGCCCGAGCUCCCCAGAGCCUUCUCCCUGCUUAUUGAGCCAAAAUGAGCUGGCACAUCUCUCCAGCAGCUGCCCAAACCUGUCAUCUUCUCCCGAGGCUGGGGCAGACCCAAGGGAUGUGGCUCUCUGGGGCCAGCAGGACUUUUCCCCGCUGUGAGAUGUGAUGCCAGAGAUAAAUACACCACACCAAAUAUACUUGAAAGCAGAGCUGGAGUUUCUCAUGCCUGAGGCUCCAGCUCUAUGCACAGAGAUCCUGAGCUGGUAGCUGCACUGUUUGCUCCCACACUCGGGACCAGGAGGUGACUCCAUCACCGACGGAUCGGCCGUUCGUCGUUCAAGCCUGUCCGUGUCCAGCUGAGAUACACAGAGCUUUUGUUUUUGAAUGUACAUCCAUAAACCCGAGGCAAAUGAGGAGCACUGCAAUAAACACUGGGUUGUUUGGCAUCCAGCUGCCUAGAAAUGGAGUUUGGGGUUUGCACUUUGGGGUUUGCAGAUGGGGGGUGUUUCACCUCCAGGUUUGGGAAUGUCCCCUUGUCCAGAAAACCUGGAACCAGCCCUGCUGCCCUGGCAGUGCCCUCACCUUGUUAGACACAGUCUCUGUGGGCAGAAAUAAAGCCAAGGGGUGGUUUGGGGUAGAGUUCAUCUUCCUAAAGAUCUUCUAUAAUAAAUAAAGCUGUGAA